GCUGCCUUCUCUUCUCGUUUGACCUUCGUUCAUUGCUUGGCACCAAAUUUCAUCCAUAGAGGAAUUCUCAACCUUCCUUCUCUCUUUAUACUCAUUAGGGUUCAAAUUUGGAAAAUGGCCGCUACCUUCCUUACUGUUGGAUCUUUAACUUCUUCAAGCAUCAAUAAUGUUGGGGAGCAAUUGCCUGGAUGUCUUUCACUUAAGAGAGUUCCAGCACAUUUGAGGUUUUCAAAUGGUUAUAGAACAAAAGCAGCUUCAAAUCCUAAUUUGAAGGCAGUUGAGGUCCCACGCCAAUGGUACAAUCUGGUUGCAGAUCUUCCUGUAAAACCUCCCCCUCCAUUGCACCCCAAGACUUAUGAACCAAUAAAACCUGAAGAUUUGUCGCAUCUCUUUCCUGAUGAAUUGAUUAAGCAAGAGGCCAGUACUGAGCGGUACAUAAACAUCCCCGAUGAAGUUGUUGAUAUCUAUGGGCUUUGGCGCCCAACUCCUUUGAUCAGAGCUAAGAGAUUAGAGAAGCUUCUUGACACACCAGCUAGGAUUUACUACAAGUAUGAAGGAGUUAGCCCAGCUGGGUCACAUAAACCCAACUCUGCUGUUCCACAAGUUUGGUAUAAUGCACAAGAAGGUGUCAAGAAUGUUGUUACAGAAACUGGGGCUGGGCAAUGGGGAUGCAGUUUAGCCUUUGCUUGCAGCAUAUUUGGUAUUGGCUGUGAGGUGUGGCAAGUGCGUGCGUCUUAUGAUCAAAAACCAUAUCGACGAAUGAUGAUGGAAACUUGGGGAGCAAAAGUACACCCAUCUCCAUCUGAUAUCACGGAUGCAGGGAGAAAGUUUCUUCAAGUUGACCCAUCAAGCCCGGGAAGUUUGGGAAUUGCAAUUUCAGAAGCUGUGGAGGUUGCAGCCCUCAAUGCUGAUACCAAAUACUGUUUGGGAAGUGUUCUCAAUCAUGUUUUGCUUCACCAAACCGUUAUCGGUGAAGAGUGUCUGAAACAACUGGAAGCCUUAGGUGAGACCCCAGAUCUCAUCAUCGGUUGCACAGGUGGAGGAUCAAAUUUUGCAGGUCUUAGCUUCCCAUUCCUCCGUGAAAAACUUGCUGGAAAUAUAAACCCUGUUAUUAGAGCAGUUGAACCUGCAGCAUGUCCUUCGUUAACCAAAGGCGUUUACGCUUAUGAUUAUGGCGAUACAGCCGGGAUGACGCCGUUGAUGAAAAUGCACACACUUGGUCACAACUUUAUUCCUGACCCCAUCCACGCAGGUGGGUUGCGGUAUCAUGGUAUGGCUCCAUUGAUCUCACAUGUCUAUAAUCUUGGUCUUCUGGAAGCUAUAUCACUUCCCCAGACAGAAUGCUUUCAAGGUGCCAUACAAUUUGCUCGAUCGGAAGGACUAAUACCAGCACCCGAGCCAACUCACGCCAUAGCUGCAACUAUCCGAGAGGCUCUUCGCUGUCGAGAAACCGGAGAAUCAAAAGUUAUUCUCACAGCCAUGUGUGGGCAUGGUCACUUUGACUUGCCAGCUUAUGAGAAGUAUCUACAAGGAGGCAUUUCAGAUCUUUCUUUUGCAAAUGAGAAGAUACAGGAAUCACUAACCACCAUACCUCAGGUGGCCUAACAUCUUUAUAUAUUAAGAUUCAAUUUUCCCAUUGAAAAUAAAAUUUUAGUGUUUAGGCUGUAAGAUUAUUGUGUUGGCUUGGUAUGCUUUUCCUUUUUAAUUUGCCUUAAAAGUUUAAACUUUAUUGUUGUUGUUAUGUACCAAUGGUAUUUCAGUAAUAUAUUUAAUAAAGCAAAUUGUAUCAUUGAUAUAUCGCAUUUAUAAAUCUACGUAAGCCUUCAUUUGUU